UCCCUCCGCUCCGCCCAAGGGGCGGGGCGUUGUGAUGUAGCCGGGGCGCAAGCCUAAACCGGCCCGCGGUGGAGCAGGUGAGGCGGGACCAGGUGGGAUGGCAGCCUGUCCCACGGGCCGGCCCGGACGGCUCCAGCGCCACCUCCUGAGCGGCGAGUUCGACCAGCUGCGAGACUUCUCCAUCUUUGAGAGCAACUUCGUGCAGGUGACCCGGUUAGGAGAAGUCGCCAACAAGGUCACCAUGGGGGUGGCAGCCUCCAGUCCAGCCCUGGAACUCCCAGACCUGUUGCUGCUGGCAGGCCCCACCAAGGAGAAUGGACGCCUGCAGCUCUUUGGGCUGUUCCCCUUGCAGUUCGUCCAGCUCUUCGUCCACGACGAGAGCCGCUGCCAGCUCAAGGUCAAGUUCCGCACCGGCCGCGCCUUCUACCUGCAGCUGCGGGCGCCGCCCGAGACCCGCGACCGCGAGUUCGGCCAGUGGGUGCGGCUGCUCUACCGCCUGCGCUUCCACUCGGCCCAGGGAGCCGUGCCCUUCACGCAGGAGUACUCGGCGCUGGAGGACGGCGAGGAGGACGAGGGGCCGACGGAGCGCGAGGAGGUGGCGCAGGGGCGGCCGCUUUGA